CCCAAAGACAUGCACUAUCGGUACUGUACUAGCUAGCUAGCUAGCUAGCUAGUAUGUACUGUACAACAGCAGCUCGAACACAAAAAACGAAAAGCAAAAUUCACCAAAAGUAGAAGACCAUGAGCUGUUGCCGCUUUCUCUGCACUGUUUCAGUGCUAUCCCUCUUUGUCGUGCCCUAUGUCCUUAUACUGGUAGAUUGCUCUCCGCUGCUGCUCCGAUUGCUCCUGCAGAGUGCGCUGUUAUGGGGAGCUUUCUUCUCGGUGCUGUACGGGCACACGGUGCAUACGAUCACCAAGAGGUUACAAACUGGCUUGACGAAUCAAAGAGCCAAGAUCCUCAAGGUUCGAAAGAUUCCCCCGAGCCCGCAUCCUGCCAAUAAUCACAAGAUUUUCUGUUGGGUGCAAUUGUUAGAUGACAACGGCAAUGAUGUGGAGGCCUUUGGAGAAGAAGCAAACACCAUUCCAGUGCCAGUGACAUCUGGGGAAACACAACAACAACAACCACAGCAGAAUCAAAAGGAGACGAGACCGACAACUGUGGAACAAGCGAGGGAAGAAUUCCUGCAAGAUAUUCGGGCAUGGGCCCAUGUCCCCUGUCUGCUGGUCCCUAACGACAUGGACCCCCAGCCAGGAGAUAUUCUCCACGACGUGGUCUUGUUAGAAGGUGACCUGACACGGCCCAUCCACGCCCCCUUUCAACUGCAAAUGAAACAGAAUCUCCAAUUUUACAUUUUUCAUCACGUGCGAACAUGUCUACUGGCGCUCUUGGGUCUCUACUUUUUCUUUGGCACCAUUUACUUGUCCAGUUUCCAUGACUUUGUGGAGAGCACCCAAAGGGCCCCGAUUGUGCACUUGUUCCGCCUGUUGUUUUCAUCAAAGCCAGACAACAACGACAACAACAACAACCAGCAUCACUCACACCACUCGUCAUUUUGUCGGAUCACUCCCGGAGUCACUGUGGCAUAUGAUAUGUUGAUCUGGAUCCAAAUGACAAUUCCGGUACUGAUGUUUGGGCUAUAUAUGCUAUUGAUCAAUGGGAAAAAGCUCAUGGGCAUGGAAGAACCAUCACCCGAUAGUUACCAACUGUUGCGAGACGAUGACGAUUUUGAUGAGGACGGCGAAGAUGUUGCUGCAAACACUAACAAUACCGCAACAUCAGCAGCAGAAGCAACCAAAACAACGCCCUAUGGACAGUACACUGCCGUGUCCAUUGGAGAAGAUGAAUAAGCCUUCAACUGCUGCCGUCUCUAGAGCUCGAGAGGUUGUCAUAUUAUGCGUGCUUCUCAUCAUUCAUUCAGCGUUGGAUAGCCAACAUCAGUGGCUGGCAAACUAAAUUACAACUGCAUUUUCCU